CUUUUUCUGUGUGUUCGUAAGCAUGGCACUUAAUGUGGAAACAUUGACAUCACAAGUAAAAAAAGGACUGCUGACCUUCAGGGAUGUGGCCAUAGACUUCUCUGAGGAGGAGUGGGAAUGCCUGGACCCAGCUCAGCGGAACUUGUACCUGGAUGUGAUGUUGGAGAACUGCAGCAACCUGGCCUCCCUGGCUAUCUCAUCUGAAGAUGACCAGGCCUUUUUGCCAAAGCCCGGACUACAUGAUGUAUUCUCUGAUAUAAUACUGAGUACAUAUACUGAAGACAGAAGUUAUCAAUGGAACGCGUAUUGGAAAAACUUUAAGCAAGAGUCAUAUCGUAAUAGUAAUUGGAAAAGCGAGCUCACAGAAGAUCAUUAUGAAAGUGGAAAACUCUUUGACCAAAUGUCCAAUCACAAUAUACAUCAAGUUAUUCCUAUUGCGGAGAUGACACUCGAAGGAAGUAAAUCUAUGUCAUCUGAAGAUUACCAGGCCUUUAUGCCAAAUACUGGAAUACCAAAUUUAUUCUCUGAAAUAAUACUGCAGAGUAUAGGUUUUGGAGACGGAAGUUAUCAAUGGAAUGAACAUCUGGAAAACUUUAAGCAAGAGUCAUAUCUUAAUCAUCAUACAAGCGAGCUUGCAGAGAACCAUUACAAAAGUGGAAAAGUCUUUGACCAAAAAAUGUCCAGUCACAAUAUAUGUCAGGUUAUACCUAUUGUGAAGAAGACACACAAAGGAAAUAAAUGUGUCCAGUCUUUUCAGCAAUCAUUAAAUUACACCAAACAAAAUAUUCAUACCCGAGAGGAGGCUUAUAAAUGGAAUUUGUGUGGGAGAGGCUUCAGUCAACUAUCCAAUGUAAAUAGACUGCAAAAAAUAUGUAAUCAAGAAAAACCUUAUACGUGUAAAGAUUUUGAUAAAACAUCUCAUUGGCCUUCAGAUUAUUCUCUAAAUCAAAGAAUGUAUACUGGAGAGAUGCCUUACAAAUGUGGAGAAUGUGGAAAAGCCUUUGGCAGAUCUUCAUACCUUAAAAUGCAUCAGAGAGUUCACACAGGAGAGAAGCCGUACAAAUGUGGAGAAUGUGGCAAAACCUUUGGUAGAUGCUCAAACCUUACAAUCCAUCAGAAAGUUCAUACUAGACAGAAGCCCUAUAAAUGUACAAAAUGUGACAAAUCCUUUGGCAGUUCCUCGGGACUUAUAAAGCAUCACAGAGUUCAUACUAGAGAGAACCCUUAUAAAUGUACAGAAUGUGACAAAUGCUUUGGCCGUUCCUCAGAACUUAUAAAGCAUCAGAGAGUUCAUACUGGAGAGAAGCCUUAUAAAUGUAGAGAAUGUGGCAAAUCUUUUGGCUUACCCUCAAGGCAUGCAUAUCAUCAGAGAGUUCACACUGGAGAGAAGCCUUAUAAAUGUACAGAAUGUGGUAAAGUGUUCAGUGAGUCCUCGAAUCUUAAUCGACAUCAGAGAAUUCAUACAGGAGAGAAGCCUUACAAAUGUAGAGAAUGUGGCAAAGCCUUUGGUAGGUCCUCAAUCCUUGCUGAUCAUCAGAGAGUUCACACGGGAGAGAAGCCUUAUAAAUGUAAAGAAUGUGGCAAGUUCUAUAGCAGUUCCUCAAUCCUUACGGUACAUCAGAGAGUUCAUACUGGAGAGAAGCCUUACAAAUGUGGAGAAUGUGGCAAAGCCUUUGGCCGCUCAUCAGGACUUAGUAAGCAUGAGAGAGUUCAUACUGGAGAGAGGCCUUAUAAAUGUACAGAAUGUGGUAAAUCCUUUGGCAAAUCCUCAAACCUUAACAAGCAUCGGCAAGUUCAUACUGGAGAGAAGCUUUAUAACUGUACAUAAUGUACCAAAUUCUUUGGCGAAUCCAGGCCUUACUACACAUCAGAGAGUUCAUACUAGAAAAAAACCUUAUAAAUAUAAAGAAUGUCACUAGUCAUUUGGUAGAUUCUCAAACUUUACUAAUCUACAAAGAGUUCAUACUGCAGAGUAGCCAUACAGAUGGUAUAUAGUGUUGGAAAUCCUUGACCAGCAGUGAGAACUUACUGAAUAUCAGAGAAUUCAUUCUUAAAAGAAGCUGUAGAAUGUGAAAAACGUAAAAAACCUUAAAAGCCUUUCACAUAUGACUCUACCUUAGAGACUUCCUAACAGAGACUAUACAAAUGUAGCAAAUGGGCUAGAACCUUUUUUUUUUUUUAAUUUUAAAUAGUACAUUUUAUUGAUUUUUUUUUUACAGAGAGAAAGGGAGAAGGAUAGAGAGCUGGAAACAUUGAUGAGAGAGAAACAUCGAUCAACUGCCUCCUGCACAUCACCUACUGGGGAUGUGCCCGCAACCGAUGUACAUACCCUUGACUGGAAUCGAGCCUGGGAUCUUCCAGUCCACAGGCUGACACUCUGCAUUCAGCCAAACCGGUUUUGGCUAGGCUGGAAUCUUUACCCACAGUUUUAAAUUUACUGAACACUAGAGAUUUUAUAGUGGAGGCAAGGCUUACACUGUAGAAAAUGUGAGUUAGCCCUUAGCCUGUGGUGAUAUUUAUUGAACAUUUUACAAAUCAUUCUAAAGAGAAACAACAAAAAAAGUUAUUAUGCAAUGAUUUAACCAAACUUUAUCAUUCAGAAUGAUAAAGUCUUACAAAUUCUGAGACAUAUGUCAAAGUGUAUAUCAUUUAAAUGUCAUACAACCUCUAAUGAUUAUUACUGGAUCGAAGUUCAAGACAUAUAAAUAAUGUAAAAAAGCUUACUCAGUAUGCAAACCUUACCCGACAUCUGAAUUCAUACUAGGGUGAAACAAUACAAAUGUUGACCAUGUCCUAAACUUUAGGACCUAAAGUCUAAUUAGCAUAUGUUGCUUAUUCCUCACAUUGGAAUUUAUUCUAGAGGGAAACCUUAAAACAAGAAUGUGGGAAAUCCUAGUGUUGGACCUAUAGUCCCAGUCUUAUCAGGGAUUGUAAUUGGGUAGAAAUUCUACAUUUAUAGUAUAGAAGGUAGGACUUCUGUUUAACAUAUACAGUUUAUAAAACUCUUGAAUUUAUGCCUUGGGGACCCUUUCUCCCUCCCCAAAGUGGAAGUCUAUACUCUGAGAGUCUUUCCCUCUCCCCACUCGGGAGUCUGUACUUGUUCUUCAAUAAAUUUCCACCUUUGCUAUACAAAAAAAAAAAAAGAAUUUAUGCCUUAAAGUUACUGUAAGGAUGUAAAAACUUUACCCAAAUAUGCAAUUGAUUGUGAUUUUUAAAGUAUCACUGUAUUCACACUAGGUAGGAUGCCAAAAUGCCUUUUAGGUAUUCCUAUAACAAUCUGGUCUCAAAACCACCAUCCUGGCACAUUGGGAUGUCACUCCAACCAGCCAAAGUUACUCCUUGGCGAGAACAAAAUUAAUAAAUAUUUUUGUUUUCAGUAUUCA